AUAACUUGCCGCCUAAUCUCGUAUGUCCUAGUGAUGUGAAUGUAUGUAAUGAUGACGGUCUUAAUAACGCCAGCGUUACUUGGAAGCCAGCCAAUGUUACUGACAACUGUUGUGAGAAUGUUGUAGCAGAUGCAAACUAUACCAAUGGAUAUUCCUUUGAAAUUGGUACUACUGUGGUGGAGUACUCAUCAAGUGACUGUGACAAUCUCAUGACUACCUGUCAGUUCAGUGUGGUUGUCAGAGAUUGUGACGCCCCUGAUUUGACUUGCCCGGAUGAUUUGGCUCCCUUUGACGCUGAUGAUAGCUGUCAGGCAAAUGUCACCUGGGAUGCAGUAACAGCAGACGAUAACUACGACAGUGUUGUAGAUGUUGACUGUGAUUUGAGUCCUGGUACUUUUUCUUUAGGAAAUUACACUGUGCAGUGCAGUGCUUCAGAUUUGGCAGGCAAUACAGGCAACUGUUCUUUCAAUUUCUACAUCCUUGGUAUGUAA